ACAGAAGACACCCAAAUAUUAAACACGCACCUAUAUUCAAUCAAUAUAACCACUUUUUAUCCCCUUCAUUUUGUCUGGCCUCUGCUUUUAGGUAACCCACAAAGGUUGCAGUGGUAGGGAAUAACUGGCUGCUGCAGGUUUCCUGUUGUUUCCCCAUUGCUCAGGUGACUGCACUCCCACAAAAGGGCUGGGAGCAGCAGAGAGCAGCAGCUGCUGAGGUGUGAGCAUUGACAGAACCACAGCACUAAGGAGAUGAGAAUCACAAAAUUACAUGGACUGGCUAUUCUAGUGACAGCAGGGAUCACUGGUGCAAUCUGGUACCACUACCCUUUCUCCCCAGCCACAGCCCAGGAACACAAAGCCUCCCCUGAAGAGGAUUCAGUGCUAAAAACAGAGUUGCAUGAAACAUCCCUGAUGCUCCCAUGGAGACGGGAUGUGCUGGUCUUGACCCCAUGGCUGGCUCCAAUUGUCUGGGAAGGCACGUUCAGCAGAGACAUCCUGGAUGCUCAAUAUCUGCAGAAGAACCUGGUCACUGGAGUGGUCACUUUUGCUGUUGAAAAAGAUGUCCAGUUCAUAGAAGGGUUCAUGAGCUCUGCCAACAAAUACUUCCUUGCUGGGCACCCCGUGAUCUUCUACCUGUUCACAGACAGUCCCGAGAAGAUCUCCCACCUUCAGAUGGCCCCUGAGAACCACCUGUUGGUCAUCCCUGUGCAGAAGGACCCCAGGUGGCAGGACAUCUCCAGCAGCCGCAUGGACAUGAUCAGCUCCUACAUCCAGAGGCAGUUCCAGCACGAGGUGGACUACCUGUACUCCAUGGACAUCAACGUCCAGCUCCUGGCACACAUCGGCGUGGAGAUCAUCGACGCCCUGGUGGCCACCAUCAGCUCCUGGCAGGUCACCCCACAGCAGGACAACAAAGCCUCCGAGACACACCCUGAGUCACAAUCUGCCAUCCCUGAGGGACAAGGGGAUUUCUACUACACAGCCAGCUUCUAUGGGGGUAGCGUGUCCGAGGUGUACAAACUGACCCGAGCCUGCUCUGCAGGGCUGCUGCAGGACAGAGAAAAUGGCAUUGAGACCCCCUGGCUCCACGAGAGCCACCUCAACAGGUACUUCCUGCAGCACAAGCCCACUCGCCUGCUGUCCCCAGAGUACUACUGGGACACUGAGCUGAGCCCCAGCAGCAUCCAGGUGAAGAGGAUGUGCCCUGUGCUCCAGCACAGCCAGGGGCAAGCUCCUCAAACAAAGAAUGUGAGGCCUUUCUCUUCACAGCCCCACUAAACUGAGGCUUGGGGCGAAGGAAGUUUCCCUCUGUUUGUAGGACUGCACACAUUUUCUCACAUAAAGUGGGUCUUCUUAGCUAGACACUGCUAAACCUGUUGCUGUUAUAUUUUUGGGAAUUUUUUUUUUGCCAGGAUACUAAAGAAAAACUCGUGACUCUCUCCUCCAGAGUCUGACACAGCUUGGACCCUGACUGGCCAAUAAGUAAAAACAAUUCACAUGAAACCAAUGAAACAAUCACCUAUCACAUUCCAAAGCAGCAAAACACAGGAGAAGCAAAUGAGAUAAUUAUUGUUUUCCUUUUUCUCUGAGGCUUCUCAGCUUCCCAGGAGAGAAAUCCUGGCAAAGGUAUUUUUGCAGACAAUAUGAUGGUGACAGGAGGACUGGCUUUGAAUGGGGACAAGUGCCAAGCUGAUAAGGUGGAGCAGGCCAGGAAGUCACACAUGAAUCAGGAUGGAUCAUUCUGGGAUGACCUAACCUCUAGCAUGGUAAAUCACUGCCUCAGCAUGGAAGUUAUGGCCUCUAAACAGAGAUUCAUGCUGUGGGUCAGGUUUGACAGGACCAGGGCACAACAAAUCCAGGCUUCUAAAAAAAUUGUUAUGGACAUGGCUGAAUAAUGAGUGGAAAAGACCAGAGUCUUUAGAUUGGGGUAGUGGGAAAAUAUGAGGCCAGAGCAGGUUGUGAUACAAAAGUGAAUAUAACUAAGGAGACAGAGGUUAGCCUUACACACUAUCCUCCACUGCCAGGGAAUUGCAGCUGUACACAAAGCCAUCUCCAGAAAUGCCUCCAGCAGUGCUUGUGACACAGUUCUGCAGCUCUGCUGAACCACCCCCACGCAGCCUCCCCCAGCUCCUCCUUCCACAGCAGCUGGCAUUCCUGUCUCUCCAGGUGCUGCCUGCAGCACAAAUCCAGCAAAUCCAGGCUGCUGCUCCCAUCUGCUGCCCGUGGUGUUCACUGCAAGCCUCUGCCUGCCUGGGAGCCAGCAGCAACAGCAGCAGCUUGAAACAAUCUUCAGGGGUGCUCUGCACAAAGGAGAACUUAAACAGAAGUUACACUAUGGAUGUGAUGCCUCAGGUUUUGGCUUUUCUAUUUUUCAGAUUCUGUGUCAUUUUAGGGUGUGGGUCUGGACUUCACAUGAGGGGAUGGUGAGCUCUCUGCACAGAGCAGGGAGACAAAACAAUUCCUGCUCCAGCUGGGGACCAAGGACAAAUGAUCCAAAUCUCAGGCCCAAGAGCACAAACAACAUGGGCUGAAGAGAGAAAAACAAGAAGGAUGGGACUGCAUGGGCUGGGGCUAUAAUUGGACAAUUAACUCCAAUAUGCAA